GCGUAUUAGAUUUUUCUCGACUUUUUCAUAACAACAAAAUGGUCUCAAUUCCUGGUUCGAUAGGAAAAACCGAUAACCUAUUUAUCUACCUUAUCGGUGGUGAAAUAGGACCUGCACCAGCAGCUGGAUCUAAUGCUACGAAACGGCCUGCAGAUCUAAAUGACAACGUCCUUGGCCACAUUCAAUUUCCAGUGUCUGUACCUGGGAUCGACAUGUCUACGUUGAAUACCUUGCUAAAUGAUUCCUGUAGUCCCACUAAGCUCGACUAUCAAGGUCUCGAAGUUAAUUGGAAUUAUGACGCCAUAUAUGGCACAAUUGUUGCCUCCAUGCACGUUUUCCCUCCAGGUUCUAAUGAUUGUAUAGUUUCACAUGAUUGCAUGUUGACAGGCGCUAAAUUUAAAGAGAAAGCAACAGAAAAAAUUGAAGACAGUGAACAACUAUUUGUAGCAAUUGCGUAUGCAGCAAAACAUUCAUUGCUAACCACAUACAAUAUGAAGAUAACACCCGCUCACAAUGGUAUUGGUUUGAACUUGCAGGCCGAAAUAAUUUUAGACGUGGGGAGAGCUAAAGAGCAAAAUGCUCUGAGCUUAAUUAAAGCUCUUUCGCGUAAUAUUAACGUCGAAAAUUUUAAACUUGAUGAACGUCCUUUCAAGAAAAGCAAGAAAACAGCUGCAUCAUCCUCGAGUUCGAUUCCUUUGACUAUGCCUUCUACUACAUCUCCCUCUAUUACAUCCCCUUCGACCGUGUCUUCUUUAAUUGUAUCUUCUUCAACUGUAUCUUCGGCUGAACCUUUGUUAAUAUCUCAUCCGAUCCCAAGCCAACCUCAAACAAAUACUUCCAGAGAACUACACACCCCAUUUACAACUCCACCCAACCCAGUUGACGCAUCCUUGUCAGCAUUUUAUGCUAAUUUGCAUCCGGUUGUCUCAAGCGAAUAUCUUGAGCAAUAUACAUCGCCAGAGAUUGCUUCAUUAUUGACACCAUUCCAAACGCAGAACGUCAGGUGGAUGAUCGAAAGAGAAGGUCAUUCGGCAACAGAUACUGGUGAAAUUAUCCAACUUCCACAAAAUCACAGACCUCUUCCGCUUUUAUACACUGGUACUCAUACAGACGAUACGAGUGGAGUGUAUUACGAUAUGUAUCGAAAAGUAGAAAGCACAAACAGGGCUGAAAUUGAAAAAUUGACAGAUGUUUCAUUAAAAGGCGGUAUUCUUGCUGAUGAAAUGGGUUUAGGAAAAACAGUCAGUGUCUUGGGCCUUAUUACAAAACAUCAAUUAAAUAUAAAUGAUCCGUCCCAUCCAAGCCCUUCAAAAUUUCCUACAUUGACGGUUUCCAAAGCAACACUUAUCAUUGCCCCAUGUGCUAUCAUGUCUCAGUGGGCUUCGGAAAUAAGGAAGCAUACGCCCGAUCUUACAGUUUACGAAUAUGCAGGAGUAGUAGAUGAUCCCAUUGAUGCCGAAAGCCUUUCUAAAUACGAUAUUGUCUUGGUGUUUUAUGAAACUUUCAGAACGGAAAUCGCCCAUUCACAAGCACCUCCAAAGCGAUCACGUCGAUAUGCCGUUAAAUACGAGUUUGCCGUCAGUCCAUUAGUUUCUAUCCUUUGGUUUAGAUGCGUUCUUGAUGAAGCGCAAAUGGUGGAAACGGUAACAGGAAACGUCGCAAAAAUGGCGAACAUGAUUCCUCGAUGGUAUUCCUGGGCAGUGACAGGCACACCUUUGAAAAAAGGAUUCAACGAACUUUUCGGAUUAUACAAUUUUAUACAACCGGACAAGUACAUCAGCAGACAGGGUCGCCAUUUUGAUAACCUUGUCCUCAAACCUGAAAAUAAGGGAUUGUUUUUUGAAUAUACAAAAGCUACUAUGCGCAGAAAUACCAAAGCGGCAUUGACUUCACAAGUUGUUAUUCCUAAACAAACUCGCCACGUUGUCCAUAUCCCUUUUUCAACAAUUGAACAGCAUUAUUACGAAGAUCUUUAUAGGCGAUGCAAAUAUGAACUUAAAUUUGAUUGGAUGGACAGUAUUGGAUGGGAACUUCCAGCAAAUGCAUCUGACACUAACAAAGCAAUAUUUAGCGAAAUCAAGUCUAAAAUGAGGCCAUGGUUACUUGCAUUGAGACAAAAUUGUAUCCACCCUUCGGUUAUUGCGAAUAUGGCAUAUAAAUUAGGAAAUCUAUCGACCCUGGUGGCCAAUGGCAGAAAAGUCCAAUCUAUGACAGAUGUUUUAAAGGAUAUGGAAACCACCGCAAGCACUACUUGCGAUAAUAACCAAUAUUCAUUUUAUAACGUAAAAUUGACACGUGGUGGUAUGUAUGAGGUAAUGCAUGAUUGGCAAAAGGCGUAUGAUAUCUACAAAAGUUCAAUUCCGGAAAUGAAGAUUUUGAUUCAGUCUUGCGCCAAAAAGAUUCGGUCACUUUCUGACCUCGACGAAGAGGCUAUCGACGACGAUGAAGGAAAGAAAGAUAAAUCCACUUCCGCAGGUUGGGCUUAUCAUCGAUGGAAUCUACUCUUACAUCGAUAUUAUCAUUAUCUUGCUGAAGUAUGCCAUAAAUUAAAUUUAAAUGAGGAGGAAGAAAUAUAUCAAAGCCAAGCUUCUGAUAUCCGUCUUCUAUUAUUGGAAAAGUAUAACAAGAAGCUUAAAGUCGCAAUGUGUGAGUUAGGACAGAGUGGACGCCGUAUGAAAAGUAGAGAUGAACACUAUGUCGGAGCACGAGCAAUUGAGGAGGAUCUUUUGAAAUUUAAGGAUUAUUCGGAAGAAGAAAGUGAUGACAAUGACGAAGGGUAUGGCGAUACAAAAGAAAGGGACCGUGAUGUUAACAUGCUUCAAAACUUGAAGCAAAUCGGAGAUGUAUUGGAUAAACAGUACGAAAGGAUAUUAUACCUUCGAAAUGAAAUUACUAAAUUGCUGGAAACCCCAGUAAUUGAUAACAGUACAGUAGAAGAUACCACUGGUGAUAUGUUUGAUGACAUUGUUAAGGAGCAAUCAUCGACACAGUCUUACAUCACAGCCUAUCAGAAUCUCUUACAGGACCGAAAGUUCAUCAUAAGAGGAACGCUAAACGCAUCAUCACUAGUGACAAAAAAUUAUGACGAAUUUGAGAGUGACGAAUCCGUACAGAUAGACGCUGCGGAAAUCAAUUUCAGAAAAUCGUUGAGAUCACCUGGUUUUCAAAUCGAGUGCAUCAAGGAUUUGGAGCGCUUUUUAAGGACAUUAAAGACAACAAUGAAAGGCUGUGAGUCUGAGCAAGAGUAUCUUGUUCUUGAUGAAAACCAACAAUGGCUGAAAAAGCACAUUUCCAUUCAAAACAAGCUUGUAGAUGACAUGGAAUCAGACGUUAGAAGGAUAUCACAAGCAUUCAAUAACCGACUUGUAGUUAUUGAUUAUCUUCAAAAAAUAUCAGACACUUUGGUGUACUGGAGACAUAUCAAUCCUCAGUCAGAAAUAAAAAGGCUGUCUUCCCUGGAAGCCACAAUACAAAGAGAUAUUAUCAACAGUCAGUCUCGUGAUUUGUAUUUUAAGGCGUUGGCUGAAGAACACAAAAAUCUUAAGAACCCUGACGAGAAGAUAACUAAGGAUUGCUUAAUAUGUGAAGAGCCCAUUGAAAAAGGAAUGAUUACUUAUUGUGGGCAUGUAUCAUGUAAUGACUGUGGUCUUAUCUGGUUUAACCGAAAUCAAAGAUGUCAUACUUGCAAUUCACCCGUUAGACAUAACGAAUGGUACAAUGUUUCGUACAAAGAGAUGGAGAUGCGCGAUAAAGAUGCCAGAAGUAAUGAUAACAAUAAUAAGUCUACUAGCAGUUGUAGUGACGAAGAUAACGAGAAAAGCCGAGAACAGCUGAAUACACUUAUUCAAAAUAUUAAUACAGUAAAUAUAAUACCGGGUCAAGGGGCAAAACUUGACAGUAUCAUCCGACACAUCAAAUUUAUAAAGAACGAGUCAAACGGAAAGUGUGUUGUAUUCUCCCAAUGGGUCCAAGUUCUCGAAAUGCUUAACAAGGGCCUUAAUAUAAAUGGAGUAAAAUGCGUUACUUUAAACAAAGGUGCAAAUAAUAGCGAUAUCGUAUCCAGUUUUCAGAAAGAUGAAAAUAUCAAUGUCAUCCUUUUACAUGCAAGAAGCCAAUCGAGUGGGCUAACGUUAAUUGAAGCGCAGACCGUAUUCAUUGUUGAACCUGUAUUUAACGAAAGUCUUGAAAAGCAAGCUAUCAAUCGUGUUCAUCGUAUUGGACAAACUAAAGAGACAAGCGUUUUUUGGUAUAUUGUUCAAGAUACCAUUGAGGAACGUAUCCAGGCCAUUCAUGAUAGAAAACGUAAUUUAAAUAACGUUGAUAUCGACGAUGAUCUUGCUUUAUCGAAACUGACAGACGGGGGAGGUGAAGUUGUAGCUGAUGAUGACAUUCGUCUUUGUUUUACAAGUAACGAGAAUGUCUUAAUCGGAAAUAUUUAAGCAUCAACCUACAAUACAAUGUAGAGCAAUAAACUAAUAUCUUAUAUAUUUGCACACCAAUGCAAAUCGUCAUUUA